CCGAGCCGAGCCGGGCGCUGCGGGGCGGCCGCCAGCGCGGAGCUCCGCGUCCCCCGGCGGCGGGGGCUGCUCCCGGCCCGGCAGGGGGGCAGCCGCCCGCGCCGCUUGCAGCCAGCGCCGCAGGGUGGCGUAGGAGGGCUGGGGAUGCCACCGUACUCCGCAGGGACCUGCACCCCACGCUGAGCCGCCUCGCUGCAGGGGAUACCCUGAGGGUGCUGGAGGUGGGUGCUCCCCGUCCUGGCUCUGGAUGUGCACCGCAUCAGUUUGGGGGCGCAGGUACGGCUGGAUGACGGCUGAGGAUGUGCUAUGGAGCCGGGAUUCAACUGCUCUGAGCUCUGCGAUGGCAGCUCCAGUUUUGGCAGCCAGGAGCAGCAGCAGCAGGUGCUGCAGGAGCUCUGCACUGUCACCGUGACAUCUUCUGAGCGCAGUGGGAAGAGCUAUCCGUCCUUCUCUGUUGCUCUCCUGGGAGUUGUGUGGACGUUCCUGACCGGAGGAGUCCUGCUAGCGCUCUUCUUUCUUGUCUUCACAAUUCGCUUCAGGAAAAACAGGAUCGUGAAGAUGUCCAGCCCCAAUCUGAAUGUUGUGACCCUGCUGGGCAGCGGCUUGACUUACACUAGCGCUUACCUCUUUGGGAUUCAGGAGCAGAGCCUGCCAUCUGGAGACUCGGUGGAAAAGCUUAUUCAGGUGCGGCUCUGCCUGCUGUGCGUGGGGACCUCCCUGGUGUUUGGCCCCAUCCUGGGGAAAAGCUGGCGGCUCUACAAGGUGUUCACCCAGCGGGUGCCGGACAAACGGGUGAUUAUCAAAGACCUCCAGCUGCUGGCAAUGGUGGCAGCGCUGGUGCUGGCGGACGCGAUGUUGCUCUUGACGUGGGUAUUCUCUGAUCCAGUCCAGUGCUUCCGAAGCCUCAGCGUCUCGCUGCGGGCGACAGAGAGGGGCAUGACGUGCUCAGUGAGCCGGGUGCAGUCCUGCGCGUCUCUUUAUUCCGACCUUUGGCUCGUUCUCAUUUUGGGGUUUAAGAGCAUCCUCCUGCUGUAUGGGACCUACCUGGCUGGUCUGACCGACAACGUCAGCUCCCCACCAGUCAACCAGUCCUUGACGCUCAUCGUCGGGGUCAACCUCGUUUUCCUGGCUGCCGGCACUGUCUGCUUAGUUCACCGUUUCUUCCGCGCUUGGCACAACUUGCUCUUUGGUUUCACUUCUGGAGGCAUCUUCGUGUGUACAACCACAAUCAACUGCUUCAUCUUUGUCCCGCAGCUGAAGCAGUGGAAAGCCUUUGAAGAAGAAAGCCAAACCAUGAGCCACAUGGCAAAAUAUUUCACCAGCCCGAGCAGGAGCUGCCGCUCAGUGUACAGCGAGGAGCAGCUCUACCAGCUGAUAGGGGAGAAAAACUCCAUGAAGCGGCUGCUCACCGAGAAAAAUGCCGUGAUCGAAAGCCUGCAGGAGCAAGUGAGCAGCGCCAAGGAGAAGCUGAUGAGGCUGAUGUCUGCGGAGAGCAGCUGUGAUCCCCGUGCACUGCCGCCGGCUGCCUGCACCCGGAGCUCGGGGUGGCAUGGGGAUGCGCCGGGGGACAGCUGCCCCCCGGGUCUGGAGCAGGAUGGGUGGCAGCCUCCCUGCUUGCUGGGUACACCGCCUCUUUGCAGCGAUGCUCAGGACCUGCGGAAAGAUGGGAGGCAGGAGGCUGUUUGCUCUCGGGUGUUGCUUUUUGACAUGGGGGAUGGCAUCGAACGUGGCCUGAAAGAUGUCCAGGAAUGCCGGACGCCUGCGGGGCAGGGGCAGCCUCCAGAGCAGAGGCCGGGCCAGGACAUCUCAGCUGGGGUGGCCUGGGAGCCAUCCCCCAAAGUCAGCUACGUCAGCAGCGAGAAGCUGCGGGAAAUCUUACAAGAGCUGAGCCUGGAUGGCAAAACCCACAGCCCACCCUUACCUGGGAGACCCCCGCGUGACAGCCAGGGCCCCCCAGGCGAGCAGGGAGGCGCGUGGGGGGCCCAGGAGGGCUACCUGGGCAUCCACACGCCCCUCAGCCCCUACCUGGCAAGGCGUCGGCGGCAGAUUCUGCUGCCCCCCACCUCCACCCGCUUCCCUGGACACAUGUCCCCCCGUGCCAGCCGUGGGGUGGAGGUGGCAGGCAGCUGGAGCCGUGGGGAGCCGGCACGUAUCUCCCCGGGGAGGGAAGGGGACGUGGCUGGCAGAGGGCUCCUUCACCCACCAGCACCGUCACCUCCAGCCGUCCCUGGGGAGGUCUGCCUCCAGCCGGAGGGAUGGCCAGGAUGGCCGGAGUGCCAGGGUGCUUUGCCAUCCAUCCCACGGGCCCAGCAGCGGCAGGGCACCCUGAGGGGACCCGCAGAGCCCUCCCUGCGCUCGCUGUACUAUUACCCGGACUCUGACUCCAGCAGCAGCAGCUCUGAGGAGAUGUUUCACGGCUGCCACCGGCCCUGCUGUGAGGUUUGCUUCCAGAGCCCGCGCAGCUCCCUGGGCAGCAGCAGCACGGACACAGACACAGAGCCCAGCGGCUGCAUGGGCCACCGGACAGAGUACCAUGGUGGGCCCCAGCCCGUGGUGAAUUUCAAAGAAGAUCUGAAACCCACCUUUGUGUGACUGGGAGCACCCCUGCCCAAAAGGCAAGUGCCCUCCCAGCCCCGAAACACGGCGUGUUUUCUGUGAUGCUCGAGCCACCCAUCCCUCAGGGAUGUGUCUUCUGGCAUCUGGGGGACAGCAAUAAACUCACCCCGUUCUUUGCAGUGUCCGCGCCAGCCUGGUCAGCGGUGACUGCAGACUGCGCUUGGCUGAGAGGUGGCUGGCAGCGCUCGGGGGGUGGCGAUGGUUUUGUCCUGGCUACUCCGGGCAGCUGCCUGCAUCCCGCAGAUACCCAGCACGGCUGCCCAUCCCAGGGCCGGCAGCGGAAAGACCUGCGAGAGCCCAAAGUUCGUGGUCUCGGAGGGCUUUCCCUGGAGAGCUGGGUGCUUCACAGCAGCGCGGAGCAGCACCAUGUCUCGGAAACGCGCGUGGCUUCUUGCCCGCAGCAGGUGGGCGGGCAGAGGACUCCAUCCCCGCGGCUGCUGGUGCGCAGCCUCCCACCAGCACCACACCGGCUGGAGACAGAAGCCGUUGCAGGCUGCCCGGGAUGCUGCUCCCCGGCAAAGCAAGGACCUGGCCGUGGAAUGUAUGCAGGAAACUUUUGGGGAGGGUUGUAUUUUUUAUUUCUGAGUGAGAAAAUGGAGUCCCAAAGGUGACAUCCCUGGAGGUGUCUUUGUGUUUUAUGUCAUUCAGUUGCACGGUCGUGGGUGAGACGGGUCAGAGCUGAAUGGAAAGGCAAGGAUCUGAAAAGGUUUUUCUUUUCUGUUUCUGCCUUGUGUUUCUGGGGCCUGCGCCCUUCUGUAUGCCUUUGUAUGGAUGAUGUAGUCUGGAAUGAGGUUUGUUUAAAUUAACAUGUUCUUUUAAUUUUUAUCUUAGAAAUACCAAGAACAGUAAAGCCAG